AUGUUGGAAGACAAGGCUGGCGUUAGCCGUUACCUCGACUAUGGCGAUAGGUAUGAAACUACGAAUCAUAGCACAAGUUUUGUCAUCACCAAAAAGGGGUUAAUGGAUGCCGAAGAAAGACACGGCUUCGAGGGAGACGGGUUCACAUAUUUGAGGAGUCCAAUAUGGUGGGGUGGCAUAAUAGCAUUAAUUGUGGGAGAAAUAGCAAAUUUUGCGGCGUAUGCGUUCGCCCCAGCGAUUCUGGUCACACCUCUCGGAGCGCUCAGUGUCUUGAUUGGAGCGGUGCUAGGGUCAUACUUUCUGGAAGAGAAACUGGGUACCUUGGGGAAGUUGGGCUGCGCAAUAUGCUUGAUAGGAUCGGUCAUUAUUGUCCUUCACGCGCCGCCAGACAAGGAGAUCAAGAGAAUAGACGAGAUUCUUCACUAUGCUAUUCAGCCGGGAUUUCUUUCGUUUUGCCUCUUUGUUGCAGUUUUUGCAGUCGUUAUGAUUUACAGGGUCGCCCCAAAGUAUGGCAAGAAGAAUCCGCUCGUGUACUUGUCAAUUUGUUCAACCGUUGGCGGUAUUUCAGUCAUCGUAAACCCACUUUACUAUGUCUGUUUUACGACCGCAACACUUACUGCUUCAUUUAUCUUGUACGGCGGUUUUAACACUUCUGAUGCGGUCAACACGAUUUCACUUCUAUGCGGAUUUCUCGUCAUUUUUACAGGAGUCUACCUACUGAACGUCUCGAGAACCGACCCCGAAGGAAACAAGAUAAUGUCCGGUGCAGACGGCAUCGCGACCGACCCUCUUUCUGGCAUAUCAACGAGACGAAGUAUGCAAGCCCGACGAAGCAAUGAUCCACACAGGAUGAGCAUGGGAAGCAAUGGGUAUGGCCGAGGAGACAGAGAAGGGCUGAUCCACGCGUACGACGAAGAAGAGAACGCAGGGUUUGGUCUUGCGGACCUAGGAGAAGACAGCGAUGACGAUCCGCUACCACCGCGAGCUAUGAAUGGGAAAAUCAAUGGACAUGGCAGUAAGAGGAGUAUCAGCGAGCCAUCAGAACAGAGGAGGCCGAGCAGAUCAUCCACCCGGUGA